AUGGCUCAGAAGGAUGAGCGUGUCGCAGGCGGAAAGCUUCUCAAUUUCGGUGUGGUGGUUUUCCCGGCAUUCCAAGCACUUGACGUCUUUGGGCCGCUGGAUGCUUUGAACCUGCUAGCUAGGUCCUACAAUAUGAACCUGUACACUAUUGCAGAAACCCUAGACCCGGUGUCAACCAAGCAAAACACCACACACAAGCCCGCGACCACUACCUCCGACUUCGGCCAGCGCAUCGUGCCAACCCAUACCUUCCAAACAGCCCCGCCUCUCGACGUCCUCAUCGUCCCUGGCGGACAAGGCACGAGGUACCCAGGCAUCAGUACCGCCAUCAACUUUAUCAGGGAAAGGUUCGACUCGCUACAGUACCUGCUCACCGUCUGCACUGGAUCCGGUGUCGCGGCACGGGCUGGAGUUCUAGAUGGGAGGCGAGCGACCACGAACAAGCUGUCGUGGGAGGAGACGAUUGCGCUGCGGCCCGAGGUGGACUGGAUUCACAAGGCGCGGUGGGUGCAGGAUGGGCACGUUUGGACAUCCUCGGGUAUUAGUGCCGGCAUUGACUUGACGUUUGCAUGGAUCGGAGCCGUCUAUGGGAAAGAUGUUGCCAAGAACAUCGCUGACAGAAUGGAGUACACACCGGUUGAAGAUCCCAGCUGGGAUCCCUUUGCCGACCUUUGGGAUUCGAAGAAGUAG